CUGACAGUUGACAAAUUGACAAGAGAAUUUUUGAUAAAAUCAUAAAUAUACGGAACGAAAUAGACAAAUCGCAUAAUAAUGAGAUAAGAAUAUCAAAACUAUGUUUAAUAUAGAAUUUAGCUUUUGAAAUAAACUUAUAAGAACAGCUGAACUUUAAACCUGGUGUGUUUAUAUUACAAAGUACAGUGUCAUACUCCCUUAUCAAAUAAUUUAAGACUUUCAAAUAUAACUUAAAACAUAUUCACUUCUGAUUUACUAAAAUGCUUUUUCUUUAUAAAUCAAAGAACUGUGAUGUCGCUGCUUUUGUCAAAUUUUAUAGAACUUUUACUAGUAAACCAAGAAACGUUAGGGACAUUAAUUACCAAUAUUUACAAAGAAGCAAAGUGCCAACAAUGCACUUUCAGAAGUCCUUACCUCGUUUGCCUAUUCCUGAGUUAUUAAAAACUGGUGACCGCUACCUCAAAGCAUUAAGACCACUUUUAUCCAAUGAACAAUAUACAGAAGCUGAACAAAGAACAUUGGACUUUAUAUCUAAAGAUGGAAAGGUAUUGCAAGAAAAAUUAAUAUUAAAAGAUAAAGCUUAUAAGCAUACAAGUUAUAUUUCGGAAUACUGGUUUGACCUAUAUUUAAGAGACCGUGUACCUCUUCCCAUUAAUUACAAUCCAUUAAUAGUAUUCCAGUAUGAUACUAAACCAGGGUACAAUGACCAAUUAAUAAGAGCAACUAAUUUGUUAACUAGUGCUGUAAGGUUUAUGAACUCUUUGAGAGAAAAUAUUUUAGAACCUGAAGUAUUUCAUCUUCAACCGAAGAAAAGUGAUACACCUUUAUUUCGAAAAGUAACUGGCUUUUUACCAGAAGCUUUAUCAUGGUAUGGCGCAUAUUUAUUUAAGGCUUUUCCAUUAGAUAUGAGUCAAUUUGAUGGAUUAUUUGGAGCAACUCGCAUACCAUUGUUAGGGAAAGACAGAAUCUACAGAGAUCCUAAAAGUAAACAUGUUUUGGUUCAAAGGAAUGGCAAUUCUUAUGUCUUUGAUGUAUUGGAUGCAGACGGAAAUUUGUUGUUACCUUCUGAACUCCAUGCAAAUAUAUCAAAGAUCUUGAAUGAUAAUACAGAGAAAGCACAGCAUCCUUUGGGAGUACUGACAUGUCAAAAUCGUAAUGAAUGGGCUGAACAGAGGAAAUAUCUAGAAGAGACAGGCAACAAGGAGGUGUUGCAGAAAAUAGACUCUGCUAUUUUUAAUCUGAUAUUAGAUGAUGUAAACAUAAGUGAUGAUAAGCAUAAGUUAUUGAAACAUUUCUUACAUGCGGAUGGCACAAACAGAUGGUUUGAUAAAUCAUUUAGUCUUAUUGUGACUCAAGAUGGAUGUUCCGGAGUUAAUUUCGAACAUUCGUGGGGUGACGGCGUUGCUGUGCUCAGAUUCUUCCAAGAACUUUACGGAGAAACAACAACAAAACCUUUCAUACAUCCGGAUAGUAAACCAGUAAACAGUAACAUUACUGUAAGCAGAUUAGACUUCAAACUUGACGAUAAAUCUAUAAAAUUCAUAGAAAAGGCGAAAAGAGAAUACAAAGAAUGGUGCGAUUCCUUAAGCAUAGACUAUAUACUCUAUGAAGGUUUAAAUAAAGAAGCAUGUAAAAAGUUUAAAGUAAGCCCUGACUGCAUUAUGCAGCUGGGAUUCCAGGCUGCUUACCAUCUUUUGCGAGGUCAGUACGCGGGCACGUACGAGUCGUGCAGCACGUCUGCAUUCAAGCACGGCAGGACUGAAACUAUGCGCCCUUGCACAGAACAUACCAAGUUAUUCUGUGACUCGUUACAUUUGAACAAGAGCUCCAAGGAUGAGUUGCGUGGUAUGAUGCAGCAAUGCUCGUCGUACCACACGCAGCUGGUGAAGGAGGCCGCCAUGGGACACGGCUUCGAUCGACAUCUCUUCGCACUCAUGAAAUUAGCAGAAGAGAAUAAUUUACCGAAACCAAAAAUAUAUGAUUCCUACGAAUAUCAAUAUCUUAAUAAAUCUAUCCUAAGUACGAGCACUCUGUCGGCUCCAAGUGUGAUGGCCGGCGGGUUCGGACCCGUCGCUAAGGAAGGUUUUGGAAUUGGAUAUUCCGCAUUCCCGGACAAGCUGGGAGCAGCUGUGACAAGCUACAAGGCACACAAUGAUAGCUCUCAGUUCAUCGAAGCUCUGCAUAAAUCAUUUAUAGAUAUAACAAAAGUACUUUCAAGUUAAAUGUAUAAAAUAUAAGACCAUAAAAUUAUUUUUUCCCAAUGAGGCUUAAAACUGCCAACCCUUCCAAGUGCACUUAUAAAUUAUAAGAAAUAUAUUUGUAUAAUCUAUUAUUUUUAAAAUUAUUUAAAACAUCAAUGCA